UUCAAUGUGAGCUGUUUGCCCCACCCCAUCGCUCCAGCGCUGUCUGUCUCAAUGUACAAUUCCCGGAGAAAAGGAAAAAAACAAUUAAAACGCAAAAGAAACGGCUUUUUUCGCGUCUGUGUACACGCGGCCUUGUCUUCGGAGGGAUCCCUGUCUUAGUGGAGCGUGUUCCGAGAAGCCGCGGUGUGUUCAUGUAUCUAAAUGCACAUGUGUACCCUCCAUUCGGGUUGAAAGGGAGUACAAGGCUAGGACUGACUGGAGCCCGUACCUGCAAGAAUCGGGAAAAUACCGAAGAAAUUAUCUUAGUUUCGUCAUAAUCAGAGAAAUCGGAGACGAUUUAGGAGCUACCUUACGACUCGGUGAGCGGUUCUGUGAGGUGUACGGAUGUGAAAAGCGACAGAAUUUGGAGCAACAAAAGCGGAGAGAGAAGGGCCUUUCGGAUUUGGACAAAACCAGCAAACAGCAACCAUCGCUGAAGAGGAGGAAAAUUGGAGGAAAAAAAAAAUCAAAUUAUUUCUGGGACUAAAACCGAUCAUCAGAGUGUCAGUAGAAACAACAUGAUCCAUUUACGGAUUUAAAAGGAGUUUAGUCAGAUCGGAAAACUGUCAAAUAAUGCACAUGCGGUAGUUUUAGUGUAAAUAUUUAUUUUUAUUUUUUUCAGGUUCCUUGUCUCGUCUCUGUGUGGACGAAGACGGGUAGGAAAGAAAUUUGGAGAAAUAUAAGACGUUCCAAAUGUAGGCUUACCUUCUAGGCUAUUUUUUAUUUUUUUUGCCAACGAUAAUAAAAUAGGCCUACGUGCUUUGUGUAAGUGAAGGAUUCUCGACGUGAAAUAAAUUCGGGUUUGGAUUUCUGUUAGCUGUAGCUUCAACGACCUCCGCGGGAUUCGUGAAAUUAAAUUGUUUACGUCCGUUUUAAUAAAACAGUGAAACGGGCGGAAAUCCAAAUUAAUUCAGCCUGUUAAACUGAUUUCGAAGACCAACACAGUCUGUUUAAUAUAAAUAGUUUCGAACACGUUCAAUUAAUCGCCUGAGAAGGCGGCCUUGUUGUCGUCAUCCACACUAUCCAACAACCGUUUCACAGUUCUGGGUAAAAUAAUAAUGUACUCAUGAUAAUAGUGGGCUUAAAGCAAUAUUUUAGAUAAGAAUUCCGGUCGCAACAGUCGUUGUACUUUAGUCGUAAGCCUCUGUAGGCCCUGGACGAGCGCUAUGUCACAAAUCAUUGUCAGUGUGUUAAUUUCGUGGGCCAACUGAGGGAUCCAGGACUGUUUAGUUUUUAAAUCCCCCCUCCCCUUAACCUUGUUUGUUUUUGCGGGAAGAUGGGUUGUUUGGGAAACAGUAAGACCGAAGACCAACGAAACGAAGAGAAAGCUCAAAGAGAAGCCAACAAAAAGAUUGAAAAACAGUUACAGAAAGACAAACAGGUCUACCGAGCUACACACCGGCUGCUACUGCUAGGGGCAGGAGAGUCUGGGAAAAGCACUGUUGUCAAACAGAUGAAGAUCCUGCAUGUCAAUGGCUUCAAUGCAGAAGAAAAGAAGCUGAAGAUACCAGACAUCAAGAGUAACAUUAAGGAGGCCAUUGAGACCAUCGUGUCGGCCAUGGGAACGCUGGUGCCCCCUGUCCUGCUGGCCUGUCCCGCCAACAAGGCGCGCUUGGAGUACGUCCUCAACCUGGCCAGCCAGAAGGACUUCCAAUUCCCCUCUGAGUUCUACGAGCACGCUAAGUCCCUGUGGCAGGACGAGGGGGUGAAGGCCUGCUUCGAGCGCUCCAACGAGUACCACCUGAUCGACUGCGCCCAGUACUUUUUAGACAGAAUUGACAUUGUGAAGCAGAGUGACUACACUCCCUCCGAUCAGGACCUGUUGCGAUGCCGAGUGCUUACAUCAGGCAUUUUCGAGACGAAAUUCCAGAUCGACAAAGUUAAUUUCCAUAUGUUUGAUGUUGGCGGUCAGAGAGACGAGCGGCGGAAAUGGAUUCAGUGUUUUAACGACGUGACGGCCAUCAUCUUCGUGGUGGCCAGCAGCAGCUACAACAUGGUGGUCCGAGAAGACAACGUGACCAACCGGCUGCAGGAGGCGCUCAACCUCUUCAAGAACAUCUGGAACAACAGGUGGCUGCGGACGAUCUCCGUCAUCCUCUUCCUCAACAAGCAGGACCUGCUGGCAGAGAAGGUUCUGGCAGGAAAAUCCAAAAUCGAGGAGUACUUCCCCGAGUUCGCCUGUUACACCACACCUGACGAUGCGUCUCCGGAACCUGGGGAGGACGCACGGGUCACCAGAGCCAAGUAUUUCAUAAGAGACGAGUUCCUGAGGAUCAGCACAGCCAGUGGGGACGGCAGGCACUACUGUUACCCCCACUUCACGUGCGCCGUGGACACAGAGAACAUCCGGCGCGUCUUCAACGACUGCCGGGACAUCAUCCAGCGGAUGCACCUGCGGCAGUACGAGCUGUUGUGAUUGGAGGGGCCGGAGAGACGGACUCUGUGAAAAAAAUACAGUCUCUCUCACAGACACACACACACACACACACACACACACACACACACACAUGCAAACAGUCACAAGUACAUUCACACGAAGCUCACACACACACAUUAAUUCGUACACACACACUGCUGUAGUCCCGCUGUUGUUGGUCAGAGGUGCAGGUGAUGGGACUGCAGUCUUGCAGCCUUGACACUGGGGGGGGGGGGCAGGAGGAGGGAGGAGAGGUGAAGGGGGCGUGGCCUGGGGUCUGCUCUGUUGCCAUGGAUGCAUAUUCACCCCGGAUACACAUGCUCAAGGGGUACUCACCUGACCUGCUCUGUGAUUGGCCGGAUAGGGGACAGACUGUCACCUGACCUGCUCUGUGAUUGGUCGGAUAGGGGACAGACUGACACCUGACCUGCUAUGUGAUUGGCCGGAUAGUGGACGGACUGUCACCUGACCUGCUCUGUGAUUGGCCCACAUAGGGGACAGACUAUCACCUGACCUGCUCUGUGAUUGGCCGGAUAGGGGACAGGCUGAAAAACAAACAAGGACAUAACAUAACCAGGACUUCAUUCAGAGCAAAAAAUCCAUUAUAGAUAUUUAUAUAUGAAUGUGUAUAUAAAUAUUAUAAUCUGUAGUCACAAGUCAGCUCUUCUGUUUCUGCAUCUCUUCUGCCCUCUUUCCUCCUCUCUCUCUGCCCCUUUACCCUUUUCUGUUCUUUCCUCUCUCUCUCUCUCUCUCUCUCUCUCUCUCUCUCUCUCUCUCUCUCUCUCUCUCUCUCUCGUGUGAUGGUGACACAGGAUGGAAGCGUCCCUGGCCCCUCCCCCUCCCGUGGCCCCUCCCCCUCCCCUCCAGGCCCCGCCCCUCCCCUCCAGGCCCCGCCCCAGGCCACUC